AAAGACGGGAAAUGCUGUGUGAAAAUAGCAAUCCAAAAGUUCUUAGCAAACUGCAGCCAGAGGGACUCAGACUAGAAUGGAGGUAGGAAGAACUGGGACAGAGUGGGCUUAAUCCUAAGCUUUUCUUUGGGCUGAGUUUCUGUUGCUUGUUAACUUAGGGCAUUUACAGAUAGAUGUAUCACUCACUGGUGGUGUGGAGGCUGGGGCAGAACCAACAUCAACGUACUGAGCUAGAGUUUGGAAUACCAGUGUGUGUGCAUUCAGAGUGUUUUUAUUAAAGGAGACCAAGAGCCUAGCACAGAUCUUACCUUCAUCACCUAACUGCAAAACCAGAAGUUAAGAAGCAGCAUCUUAAAGGCGCUUUUCUAGAGAGAAGUCUUGAGAUGGCUCUGAAUAAUUGUUCCCACCUGAACCUGGAAGUGGACCCUUUCCUGUACUGCAACAACACCGUCAAUCAAAGUCUGAAUCCCCCCAAGAUGGACAACUGGUUCUACCCAGGAAUCAUUUACGUCAUCCCCGCAGUUUAUGGGGUUAUCAUCGUGAUAGGCCUCAUUGGCAACAUCACCCUGAUCAAGAUCUUCUGCACAGUCAAGUCCAUGCGAAACGUGCCAAACCUGUUCAUCUCUAGCCUGGCUUUGGGAGACCUGCUGCUACUGGUAACCUGCGCCCCUGUGGAUGCCAGCAAGUACCUGGCUGACAGAUGGUUAUUUGGCAGGAUUGGCUGCAAACUGAUCCCCUUCAUACAGCUUACCUCAGUGGGGGUGUCUGUCUUCACACUUACAGCGUUGUCCGCAGACAGGUACAAAGCCAUUGUGCGGCCAAUGGAUAUCCAGGCAUCACACGCCCUGAUGAAGAUCUGUCUCAAAGCUGCCUUGAUCUGGAUCGUCUCUAUGCUGUUGGCCAUCCCAGAGGCUGUGUUUUCUGACCUCCAUCCCUUCCAUGUGAAAGAUACCAACCAAACCUUCAUUAGCUGUGCCCCCUACCCACACUCUAAUGAGCUGCACCCUAAAAUUCACUCUAUGGCUUCCUUUCUGGUUUUCUACAUUAUCCCACUGUCAAUCAUCUCUGUCUACUACUACUUCAUUGCCCGAAAUCUGAUUCAGAGUGCCUACAAUCUCCCCGUGGAAGGCAAUAUACAUGUCAAGAAGCAGAUUGAAUCCCGCAAGCGGCUUGCCAAGACAGUACUGGUGUUUGUGGGCCUCUUUGCCUUCUGCUGGCUCCCCAACCAUGUCAUCUACCUGUACCGCUCCUACCACUACUCUGAGGUAGACACCUCCAUGCUCCACUUUGUCACCAGCAUCUGUGCCCGCCUCCUGGCCUUCACCAACUCCUGUGUGAACCCUUUUGCCCUCUAUCUGCUGAGCAAGAGCUUCAGGAAGCAGUUCAACACUCAGCUCCUCUGCUGCCAGCCCGGCCUGAUGAACCGGUCCCACAGCACUGGCAGAAGUACCACCUGCAUGACCUCCUUCAAGAGCACCAACCCCUCGGCCACCUUCAGCCUCAUCAAUGGGAACAUCUGUCAUGAGGGGUAUGUCUAGACUAACUUCUCAACCUUGCCUCCUAAAGGACUCCAGAUCUUGUUUUAUGGAUGGCCAGGAGCCCUGCCAUUGGUUGUUAUCUCUAUACCUUCCAAAGACCCUUCAGGAGGCUGAGCGAUUCAGAUGGGUAGGAGAGAUAUCCAAAUGCAUCAAUCACUAGUGUAUCUCAAAGGAAGCCAGCAGGCUUCAUUUUCUGUCUCAAUUUGGGAGGGCUUCUUCAGAUGGAGAUCAAAUCUUCCUGUUAAAAAGAAGGAACAAAUUGGACAUUAUUAUUCAAAGCACCAAGCCCUGCUAUGCAAGUGUCGUCAGUUAAGUCAUAGAAAUUAUGUGAACAAAGAGAGCAGAGAAAUCACGCGUUGGAUAUCUACUCUGUGAAAGAUUUUAUUUAAACAGAAGCUGAUUGCUUUCAAAACAUGGCUUGACUCUUUUUUCCAGAAAUAUCUAUAAUAUGUAAACCAAGGGACAACUUUAAUUUACAUUCCUAAAAUGAGAAGCCAACUCUUUUAAGAAAGAGUCCCAUGUGUGAGGAAUGGACUUCAUUUAUAACAUUGGAAGCAGUGUAAUAUAAAACAAACCUCUAAAUAUUGACUUUUUAAAAGAUGUUGCUGAGGACACAGGAGAAACACCCAAUAUAAAAUGUUAAGGCAAAAUACAACCAAACACAUAGAUCCAUGUAUGGAUAUAGAGCAACAGCUUGUGGUCAGACUUUUUGUUUCAUAGAAAUUCUAAUUUUCGUUAACCCAUGGAGGGGAAAUCCUUCUGUGGGAAAAAACUGCUCAUUUUAUCAAAGUAACAAUUAUUUAUAAAUGUAUAAAGGAUGGCGUUUAUUCUUGGUAUACAUGUUUUAAAUCAAGUAUAUUUACUUAGACUUAAUUUCCUUGUUAUGGUGAAACAGUACUUUCAAUAAGAGAAAGAUCAUAACUGUAGAGAAAAAAAUCAUGUUUAUAUUGGAUGUAUAGUUUCCCUAAAGUGUGUGGAGGAAAUUAAUAUAGUUUUAGUAACAUGAAUUUGUGUCUGAGUAUGUGUAAAAAAAGUCACAGGAACCUUAAAUUUUUAAACUGACUAAAACAGGUACAUUUUCAUUUCUAUUUAAAAAUAACGUGUAUGAAAUAGCCUGCAUGCAGAAAAAGACUGGCCUGGUAGCUCCAUCUAUCUAAAUACACAGAAAGGACUUUGUAAAGUUUGAACUAUCUUACUUGAGAAAUCCUGGUUUGACUUUUUCUGAACUUAAAGAUGGGCCAAUUCUGACAGACUGAAUAUGCAGACUCACUUGACUCUAAAUCCAAGUUGUACAAGUGUUUCCUAAUGUGUAUCCCUUAAAUCCUAAGGCAAUUUUAGUUCCAGCUUUCUCUGCCUGGGUGAGAUAUAAACAGCAAGCACAUAGCACAUAAAAAAAAGCUUUCUGUCGGUUGAUGCAGGGAAGUACUGGCUGGCUGUGAAGCUUUAGGCAUUAGGACCAAGACAGUGUAAGGAUCUGUGCUUACAAUUGUACCAGCUGGAACAAAAUCUCUUCAUUCCCACUUUCUCUGGGCUUUUAUGUACUAUAAACACCAGCUUUUCUGGUAGUCCUUAAUUACAUUGCACUGUUUGAAAAGCAAGACACACAGUGGAGGUAAAAGAACCAAGUUGUCUUGCUAUCCCAACUUCAUCUCUAGCUAUAUGACGUUGGCUAUCCAUUUUUUCUCCCCUAGGCUUCCCUUUCAUGUUUAAAAUGAGAUGACAGAGCUAAGUCCCUUCUAGUGCUAAGAUCCUCCGAGUCUCUUCAUUUCCUCCAGUUAUGCCUUGAAAGCAUGUGUGGCCCAUCUCCUUACAGUUAGUACACUUCUGUUUCUCUUACAACCGCAAGUCAUUGGAGACCCCUGCACCCACUCUUCCAUGCUCCCGUGCACAUGGGCAGGAUGAAUGGAGCUAGGUUGUUCUGCUACCAAGGACUCCUUGACAUCACUCACAUGAAUAAAGGGCCAUGAGCUUGUGCUGUUUUAGAAUUAGAGCUGAAAGAUACAUAAGAAAACGUGUGGCUCAGGCUUCUCCUUAUUCAAGGGGAACUCUUGUUCUUCGCUCUUCUUUUAGCUUUCACACACAUGUUCUCUUGAAAUACUGUGUCACAACUUUGCUCUUUUGUCUCAACCCUUCAAAAGCCUUGAACAUAAAUGGCUCCAUGCCUAGAUAGCUGCUAACAUAGAUGGGAUGUCUAGAAUUCUGGCAUAUGGAAUUUGCGAUAGUAGUUUUAGCAUCUCUGAUAUACCUGCUUCUAGAGAUGUUUCCAGAACAGGAUUCAGCCUCCUGUCUCCUUCAGUUAACAUCAGGGCACAGACAGAGCAUCUCUUUACUAGCCACUAGACAAACAGUGUGUCCUAAGGCAAAUCUUGUUUCUUCCUUGUGACUUGUAGAUGAAAGAUUUGGAGGGAGUUUUUUGGCAGCCAGUGACCCAAACUGAUUAAACAUAGAGUGAAUUAAAUAAUGGGUUGAGCUGGACCUUCUUAUUAGGAAAGACUUAAUUGGUCCAUCCCCUCUCUAACUAAAUUUAAGUUUUAUUUUAAAAUCAAGAACCUAAAAUCAUAUGAUAAACCUGAGACCCAUAUAGUGUCCCUUCUCUGCCAGGGCAGAACACACAGGGGUUGGAGCUGAACCAUUUCAUGCCUGGCUUCCAAAGAUAAUCACGUUUAGCACUUAUGUCUUUGGUGAAGGAAAAAAAAAUCAAUUUUUGCUGUGGAAAACCAUCUGUGUUUAUUCAAUUGACAGAUACUACCUUUCAAUCUAUCUUAAAUUGAGCCUCCCCAAGGCAGGCAGCUCAACAGUGAUAGAUUAAGCAAUAAACAAAGCAGUCUCCCUACCAAGGGCUGCUGUUGGCAGAGAGGUACAGCUGCCAUUGGGAGUGAUAUUCGGCAGCAAGAUCAUCCUCCCUGGUAAGUGCAGACAAGGUUCCUCCCUGCUGAUGAUUUUAUGAUUCCCCAUAAAUGUGGAUGGCUCAACCCAGUUCUUCUGGCUGCUCUCACUUCCCCACUGAAUCUAGCUUUCUGUCUCAUUAGCAAAGCCUCUUUGCCCCACUAAUAAUUUGGUUCUUCAGCUUAGAGAUCGGAGAGCCUGUAGGGAAACUAUUCGGAAGCUGCUACAGACAAAGUAGCCUCAUCUUGUUAGCAAUGUGCACACUAAAGAGAAGUAAAUGAACUUGACUGUAAGAUGUGGGAGAACUUGGGUUAUAAAGUUCUUGUUGCCGCCAAGAGGAGCAGUUGGUUAUUGGUUGCCCAGCCUCAUCAUAUGUCAGAUGGCUUCUAGUAAAAGGGAUUAUCUUUGUUUGGAGAAUGACGUGUUGAAUGACAUCCUCAUCUGUGGGCUAAAAGGUGGGUAAGUCACUUUCCCCAGAAGCCAGAUAGAAACAAUUGCCCUGAGGACCUGACUCUAUGAGGACUGAUUGAACAGUGUACCCCAAAUCAUGGUAAAAGUGGGGAGAUACACACUUUCUUGCCAUUGGAUCUCUUCACCUCCACACUGGGAGGGAGUGGUUGUGAGAGAAUGGAUUAUAGAACUAGCCGUGAGGUUCGGGGAGAAACAGAGUAUUUUUUUUUUUUUGAGACAGGGUUUCUCUGUGUAGCUUUGUGCCUUUCCUGGAACUCACUUUGUAGACCAGGCUGGCCUGGAACUCACAGAGAUCCGUCUGCCUCUGCCUCCCGAGUGCUGGGAUUAAAGGCGUGCGCCGCCACCGCCCGGCCAGAGUAUAUUUUACAAAAUUCCUCUAACCUUGGCCCCAUUUUCAUGGAAUGAACUAACAACUGAGAGGAAGCAAGAGUGCUUUACUUUUAUGGGACCAAUCUCUCUCGCUCCUGCUCGCUCUUCUCUGCCUCUCUGUGUGCAUGUGCACAUGAGCUAAUCAGUGAAAGCACAUCACCCUGAGCUCUCCUCCUUCUGUGUCUGGAGUGCUCUUCCUCCCGGCCACACCCCUCCCACAGCACACAGACACAGCAACUUUAACACCGCUCCACUCUCACUCUGACUCUGGCCUUCAUGGCCAGUGAGAUAGCUCAACUGGCAAAGGCGCUUACUGCUGAGCCAGACAAACUAAAUGCCACCCCCAGAACCCAUGCAGUUGAAGGCAAGAACUAUCCUGCAAGUUGUCUUCUGACCUCCGCACAUGCACUGUGGCAUAUGCAUGCCCUCCACACACACACACCCAGAUAAACAAAGGUAAUAAAAAGAAAUUUUAAAAUAUUAUAAUUUGGGUCUUUAAAGACAUCCUUUAUUAGAUAAAGGGAGAUCAAAUAUAUGCUCCAGGAGAGCAUAUAUCUAGAGCGGUCAACAAAAAGCACAUGAAGAACAAACUUUCCUUUUAUGAAACCUCAUGUUAGAAAUGCACUCAAUAGAGUUUAAAUAUUUUCUUAAAAUUUCAAGGUUGCACAUGUAUUCAAUGUAGGAAUCGUUGGUUAGACGAUUAUGGUCCAUGAUUAAUUCAAAAGAAUAUUGCAUUUACCUCAUGUUCACAGUCUAUAAAGCAUUCUCACACUCAUUACCUCAUCAAACCAAUACCUUUCCCACUGACCAAAAAGCCCAUUGACAUCCUUUAGUGUGGGAAUUUGGAAGUAUUAAAUUCACUUACUUGUGACCAUCUAGCACUGAAUUAAAAGAUCCACGGAACCAUGGGACUAAAGCAUGAGCUGUCAAAAUCAAACCACAUUUGACCUUGAAAAGGAAAAGGUUGUUUCGUCCACUGCAAUUUAAUCUGAUUUCAUUUUGCUCUGAUCUGAAUUAACUGUGCUUUAUUCCUUAUGGCUCAUUCUCGAAAAUGACAAUCAUUGCUUCCCAAGUUUCCAGGUAAUUUUGGUGCCCCUAGAAAGAGUCUCCUCACCUUGGUACAAGGGAGUUAAUAGGGUUAUUGUUGUCUGCAAAGAAGUGGGAAUAAUUUCCCAUGUUAUAAGGAAAUGGAAGGCACAGACAUAGGACAAGAUGCUUGGGGAAAAACAGUGGCCAUGAAAUUAUCUAAAACCUGAAUGAACUGUGGCUUUGAAAGUGCUGGGAGGCAAGGGACUUAAUGUCACCAAGCAUUCAAAUGUGAACUUCUUUCCUGGGCAUAUGAAAUCAUGACUCAAGACCAUUACUUAACAAUCCUAAGAUUACAUGGAAGAGUCAAGUGGCAGAAUAUAAAUAAAGAGCAGAAUUUCUCUUGAUUCCACACCUUCAUCCAGCAUUACUUCCCAAAUUCAGGCUGCGUGAGAAAUGAAGAUCCCAAGACUUAAUACAAAGCCAUGUUGCCACUCCAGAUGUUGCCCAAAGGCCUGACCUAGUGAUAGAAUUAAAGCCAAUUGGGUAAAGGACACAUCGUAGGUCAAGGCUGGGAUGUAGUACAAACUGGUUGAUCAGGGAAGUCCCUAGCUUGUACCCUCAUCCCAACCCAAAGAUACACAUUAGUUGCAAGCACCUACUAAGUCUCAUGGUUCUGUGACUAACUGAAAAACCUGCUGAGCAGGCUGCUUGGGGACACAUGCUUGUAAUCCCAUCAUUCAAAGAGGCUGAGGCACAAGAACUGCUACAAGUUCCAGGACAGCCAGGGCUACAUAGUGACACUUUGUCUUAAAAUAACAACCAAAAAACCAAAUCAACAACAAAUAACUCACCACUGACAAAGUCAGAGAAGAGGACCCAAGUCCUAACCAUCAAGCUUUCUUUGAAUCAGGAUUCAUUGGAGAAUGCAUAUCAGGAAAGAGGCAGAGCCACUCACUCACCCCCCUUCCUUACUAAAUAAAUACGAUAUGGCAGUAAAUGGUUUCCUGGAGCCUAGAGACCCAGGCUACAGGAACGGCCUCUAAUAGGAAAAAAUACUCCUGGACUAAGGCACUUAACCAGGAACUCAAAGAAGGAAUCAGUAGUCUGGAUGCAAUGUUAGAAUCCCAGAUUCCACUGUCUCUUGCCUUCCCCCUCCCCCGAGUUCAUACAUUUCUAGGAGAUAUGAUUUAUAUUUCCCCAAAUUCAAAAAUCACUUCCAGAGUAAUAGAACAUGGAGAGACUCUCAUAACUUUAUGGUUUCUUAAGAGAAUCAUUUUAAUGGAUGAUAAAACUUCAUACAUUCAAGACUUCAUUAACUCCCAGGCAAACUUGAAAUUUUUGGUAUAACUCAGAACCUCAAUAUGUAAGACACAUUGUAUCAUUUGGGCCUCUUGCGUAUUCAAGUUUUCCUUUGCAUUGGCUUUAGCUAGGGACUAUGAUAACAAAAAAGUAAAAAUGCUUUCCCUAAAAAAUAUUUUGUUCUGUAAGCUGAGCUUUACUGAUUUGUACAUGAUCUUUCUUGUAUUCGAGACAACAGGGUUUGAGAUGAUACACUCCAGUGAGUUGUGAAACUACAUGGCACAAGCUUCUUUAGUGUCAUUUUAUGUUCUGUUUGAAAUACUAGGCACAUGUUUUGUAAAUUAUAAUUGUACUUGUUAAUAUUAGCCAUAAAUAUUUAUUGCAUUGAAAAAUAUACUCUGUGUUAAAUAACUCAGAACGAGUUCCAGGUGUGGUACUCAGUGUAAAUAAUGUCAUAGCUUGGUUUUGUCUAGACUCUUUGGAUUAAUGAAUUAUGUAGGAGAAAUUCACAAUAUGAACAUGACUGACUCAGAUCCUUUUCCCUUUGCCACGUGUGUAACUAUGUGGCCAUGUGCAACUUGCUCUGUUAAACUGUGCUCUGUGAUUGAAUUUGGAUUUUUCCAGAAAUGCUUCCAAAGCUGCUGUCCCAACCUGUGUGCUUUCUGUGACAGUAACUUGAAUCCAGUGUAGAAAACUGAAUGUUCAAAGUGGUAGAAGAUAAGUAGUUGCUCUUAUUUCCUAACACAAUAAAGCAUAAUUUAUAAACUGGACAGAUGCAUGCAUCCAAUAGUCAAUAAAAUAGUUGCGUGACUGCA